CGACGGCAGCAAGCAGCGCAACACAGGCCAGGCGCAGAGUCGGAGUCAGGGCACUCCUGGAUUCGUGCCCCCGCGCAGUGAUCUCUGCUCUGCAGCAGGCCCGCGCCGGACCUGACCAGGCGCCUGGCAGUCUUGCUCACGCCGUCUUCUGAUGCUCGCGUAGCGGCUGCCACGACCGUGCCCCACCGGUCAAGCCGCUGCCCAGCAUGGAUCCGUUCCAGAUCCGGCUCGACUUUCUCUCGCUGCUGCGCCGGCUCACGGCGUCGCAGCAGUCGAUCGCCAAGCUCGUGGCCUUUGCCAGUGUGCACGCGCCAAAGGCGCGCAACGACAUCUGGGACUGCAUCGUCUCCGAGACGGGCAAGGCGAAUCUCAAUGCGCGCCUCAACAUCCUCUUCCUGCUCGAUGCGCUGGUGUCCAGCUCUGGGGCGCCGACUACGUCCUCUGCGCAGGGCGGCUAUCUUGAUCUUGCCGCGCGCGAUCUCCGCGACAUCAUGGCGCUCGUCGUGCCAGACACGCGCGACGGCGUACAGCUCAACGCCAGCAGUGCUCUGCGUGUGCUCGCCACUUGGAAUGUCGAGCGUGUCUUCUCGCCCGCACUGAUCAAGGACUCCGAGGAGGACAUUGUUGCGCGGCAAAGGCGCGUCACCGCCGCGCCCCGCGCGGAGCAGCGGCCAAGCGACCUCUCUGAAGCUGAUGUGCUCCGGCGCAUCGAGGAGGACCGUGAGCGCCACAAACGCCUGCGCGAGCGCGGCUGGAUCCUUCCGUCCAAGUCUUUUCUCGACGCGCUUCCGAGCACGGGAGCAUCCCGGGCAAGCGGCAACCAUCUUCUCUCGACGCCCUCGCACAGCACCAAGGCCAGUCCCGCAUCUCCUCGCGAGCCGCCAGGGCCGCCGCGUGCGUCCGGCAUGAAGCGGCCCGGGCAGGCUUCUCUGCCGCCAGCAAAGCGCGCUCGUCAACUGCAUUCGACGGACGAUGCGGCGUCGCACGGCCCAGUUCUGCCUGACCCGCUCGACGUCGAGUUCGACGAGCUCUGGGAGACCGUCUCGGACCUCAACGAAGACGACCUGGAGACGAUGCAGGAGGACGACGCGCAGUGGUGGGGCAGCGAGACUGCGCUCUUCCGGCAGGCCGAUGCAGAGCGUCGGGCGGAAGAGGCGCGCCGGAUGGAGGAGGAGCGCGCACAUCAGGCAGCCAUCGAGGAGGCAAGCAGAAUGCAGAGGCUUCAAGAACUUCAAGAAGAAGAGGAGCGGCAGCAGCGUCUCGCCACGCGACAGGCCCACGAGGCUCAGCGCGGCGUCGAGCGAAACGGCAACCCGCACUCAAGCAGUCCAGCACGAGGCUGGAACACGAAUCGAGCGAACCACGAGCAGCGUCCGCCGCCAGGACCGGCUUCAUCCCCCUUCGCAGGCCGCGGUGGCCGUGGUUUCCGGCCCAUCGGUGUUCCAACUGGCCCGGCCAUGCUCAAUGGCCACGGCCAUGCGGCGUCCAGCAGCCCUGCCGUGGGUAUUCCUCCGCGCAACGGCGCUUUCGGCAACGCUACGCCGCCAGCGGCGCCCAGCAGCUUCUCGCGCGGCAAUCUCGGCUCCUCGCGCUCCUCGUCGCCCUACGCUGGCCCACCUGCAGGUCCGGCAGGGCGCGGCGGGCCGCCAGGACGCUUCCGCGGUGCCGGUGGCCCUCGACGUGGCGGCUGGCGAGACGCGAGAUGAGAAAUGAGUAUGCGUGCGAAUGGUAG